AUGCAAUGCAGACAAUUAAUAGUGCUUAACUGUGGUUGUAAAUACUCUUACUUGUUGAAUACGGCAGCAAGUAUAUCAAGUUCUUUGGAUGACAGCAGUUUAUUGAAUCCGCUUGAUGCAGAAUACGCUCAGAAUGCUAAAAAAGUUGUUUCGAGAAAUUAUCGUUUGUGCAUGUUUGUUGAAUGCUUUAAAUGUUUUAGAUUGUCUGAAAGACAUCGCUUAAUCGCAGAGGGUCGCUUGCCACCGAUAACCUAUCGAUGGCAGAAAGAAUUAUGGGCCAAACGUGAACGUUUUGGCAUUUAUGGAUUAGCAAGUGGUGUUGAUCCAGGAGAGUUGUGGCCAAGCAUUGAGGAAGUUCAAGAAGAAGAAGCAAUCGGUUGGUAUGAAAAGUAUAAUGAUUUGUUGAAGAUUGUAAAAUAUUCAGAAAGUUCAGAACGCGCUGCUGCUCUAGCUCGGCUAGAAGAAGUAACUGCAGCAGAGAAAAAGUAUCCUGAACUUUUGAAAGAAUUUCUGGAAAAUCGAAAAGAAGUAGCACCAAAAAAAUCGAAAGAAGAGUUAGAAAAGGAACAAAGAGCAAGAGACAUGCUUGAAUAUUAUGGUUACGAGAUUUUACCUCGUGACCCAAGAUUUCCAGUAUUAUUUGAAAAAAUGACUGAAGCAAAGAAAAAGGCAGCAAAACUAGCGGAGAAAGAAGAAUUGUCGGCAAAAAAGCUUAUGUCCCGAAAACAAGAAAAAAUGGAAAAGAAAGAAAAAAAAGAUGCAUUGUGA